AUGGCGUGGUGGCGCCUAUGGCGACUGAGUGAGUACUCUUAUUAUAUGGAAGUUUCUCAUGAAUCUGGUAUUGGGCCCAAGAUACACUUGUUGCUAGAACUAGCGCCACGACGUACUUCGAGUCGUGUGCUUCAAAAAAUUAAACAGAAAGAGGAAGAGGGCAAGCAAAGUGCACACGACAGCAAGGACGAGGACGAAAGCAAAGAAACACCUGAUUUGGCGCGAGAAAACAGGGCAAAGAGGCGAAACUUACUAAGAUCGAAGUCAGAUUCAUCGGACUCCGACAGUUCUGAAAGUGAAAAAGAUAAAAUGCCACAAAAAGUGUCCAAACGAUCGAAAAGCCAUGAUAAGCGGUCAAAAAACUCGUCUGCCACACACAAGGGCGAACCGCCCCCAGAGCCUCCUGUAAAAACCGGCAGAAAGACCAAUAACUCGCUGGCAUGCGCUACGGGUCAGAUCCUUAUACCAGAAAAUGACGAACCAAUUAAUAGUACUAGGAAAAAACUCAAAACAUCACAAAUUUUCACGCAAACUGAGGAAGACAUUCAAACCGACAUGUACAAGGUGCUCGAGCAGCUCACCGCACACGACGACGCGUGGCCGUUUAUGGACCCAGUGGAAGAGGAAUAUGCCCCGAAUUACUACGCUGUCAUUAGACGUCCCAUGGAUUUGCGCAAAAUGGAGGAGCGGCUAGACAGUGGUUACUACACGGAUUUUGCGAUGUUCAAAGCCGACUUCAAGCUCAUCGUCAACAAUUGUCGUCUAUAUAACGGCCAAGACAAUGAAUAUACAAUGAUGGUAGACAGCCUUCAGGCAGCUUUUGACAGAUUGACUGAGAAAUAUAUGCAUCGACUAUCAUCCUCAGAUGAAGAAAUUGCUGUUGAGUAUCAAUUACCUACUCCAUCUAGAAAGCAUAAGCUUAAAUCAAGUGAAUCUCCAAGCCGAAAUAAGAGGAAAAAGCGAAAAUCUCAUUCUGACUCCGGUGAUCCUAAAUCCAGUUCUUCAGAUCAACCUUUGGAAGAGGUGAAAUUAAAAACAACCGAAGAUGAUGUUGAUGAUUCACCUGAGUCUGAAGCUAAAAAAUCAAAACAAAAUAAAGAGAAGAAAAAACGCAAAGGACAUCACAGACAUGGUAAACAUUCCAAAAAUCACAAAAAAGAUUCUCACAAAUCUGAACACAGUGAGGAUAAAGAGCCUAAAAGUAAACACAGUAAGAAGCAGAAGCAUGGUAAAAAUAAAAACAAAGAAGGCAAAAAGUCCAAGCAAAAGAAAAAGAAAAGUAAGCACCAUGAGGCGGAGCCAGUUGAGGCGCUGAAAAGAAGUGAAUCCCAAGAUUCAUUAGAAAGUUCAAAUAGGAGUCGAAGCGCGAGCCCUUUGCCUUCCAUCCACACACCGACUCCUUCGCCUUCGGAGGCCGACCAUCAAGAUCCCUCCGACCAGCUCAACGACCCCGACUUCGUCAAGGACAAGUACGAUAAGAUCAAGGAAAGAAGACGACACGCGGCUAAAGACGCAUGGGAAUCACUCUUUGAUUACAGUCAAAAAACUGUUGAUAAGCAAAAGCAAAAUCUCCACAUCCCGGAAAAAGAAAAGAAUCAGAAAUUAAGGGAAACUAUAGAGAAACUCAAGGCUAAAAGUGAAAAAUACAAAGAUAGCUCUCUGUUUAAUAGUCUAUUUUCUAGCAAUAGUAAUUCAGACAAAAAUGUCAGUAAUAAAGAUCGUGAUGAUUUAGAUUUCUCUGAUGACGAUCGUAAUGAUAGUCAUAAAAGUAAAGGCGGAAACAAAAGAGGACAAAAGAAAAAUAUCGCUAAAAAUGAAUCAGCCUCCACAAAUCAGGCCUUGGAACAAGCUGUUAAAGAUAUCAGCAAGUGGCUUGAUGACGCUCCUAAAGGAUCUGUGCAUAGCUCGCCCUCUGAUAGCCCGGCAUAUACCAUAUCCACCGAAGAACAUGACAACAGUCGACAUGAUGACGAGUUUGGACAAAUAGAGAAAACAACAACUCUCAGAAAAGAUUUAUCGCGCAAACGGCCAUCCUCCCGUGAACCAAAAUUAAUCAGAAGGAGAGAAAUUCAAAGAACCAUAGAUAGACUACAACCAGGUAAAAGCAAGGGAAACUUGCUUACUAACCUGGCUAGCAAGAGUGUUGAGAAAGUAGAGGAAGCCACUCCCCUCGGACCUAGCAAAACUGGACAGACUAGUAAAAACGAAGAGUCUAGCCCCAAGCUUAGCCUUGGUUCAGUAUUGCACACUGUGGAAUUUUCUCUUGGUAAAGACCACAAUUUCAGCAAGACUGAAGAUAAUAAACCUGAUGACAAUAAGCCAUCUAAGUCCCCAAAAAGUGAAAAAGACAACAACACUGAGGAAGUUAUCCAGAAACAUAAAGCAGAAGACGUUUCAGUUCAAACUAAUAAAAAAGAUGUGGAGAUUGAAACUGAGCCAUCGGCAACGCCAAAACCUAGCCAAGAAAAGGCUACGCCCAAUCUCAGUGCUUGGUUCAAAGCUUUUGGAACACCUAAAAAUACUACUUCAGUGACUGCUCCAAAAAAGAAACCAGAAGAAACUGAAUGUGAUGAAAAAGUAACAAUUGACAAUACAAGCAAUGAUAUUAAAGUUUCCAGUCCUAAAAACACAACCAAGUAUGAUUCUCCAAUUGAUCCAGAAACUCCAAAUCCUGAUGGAGGUGACAGUCCAUUACCAAGCGUAGGUGCGACGCCUAGACAGCGAAGAACAAGUACAGGCAGCUCCGUCUCGGAACGGUCUUCUUUCAGCCAAGAUCUUGACUCUCCAAGACACCAGAUGUCUCAUAAUUCACCUCUGCUGAGAUCACCUGCAUCACCUCGGACAGACGACUUCCAGAAAAUUACAUAUCCUAUAAUUAAUGGAACUGUGAGAGCAGGAUUUUACCAAGAUACAACUUCCAUUAAAAGCAGUCCAGAAAAAAGUUGCAGUCCACGCGAGGCUCCACAGUCGCCAUAUUCUCCUUAUUCGCAACACGUAUAUGCUUCAAACAGUGGAUUGGGAUCCUCCACUCCGAAUUACUUCCUAGACCACAACAAGAGCCCACUCCCUACUUAUACUCAGAAUCCACCACCUUAUUAUGAUACUUCAAAGGCUCCAGUUGUCAGUAAACCAGCACGCAUUCACGAUGACUACACAGCGCUUGGUCCGGAUAGCUACCAACAGAAUACAUACAGUGGACCAUUUUCGCCUUCACACUCUCCAUAUCCUGCAACACAACCAUCGAAGUUUUCUCAACCACAGCUGUCGCCGCAGCUAUCCGGGUCUAAUUCAACUCUUGUUAAUUCAACACAGCCUUUAUCAGACCACAAAACCUCUCUGUUUCCUGUUAAGAAACGAAUGUACAAUGAACCAGAAUUACCUACAUUAUCACUUAAAACUGCGACGGAAGCAAAAGAUAGGACUUCACCACCAAUGAAUAAUGAAUAUCAGAAAAAGACGUCUACUGCACUACCGUCUGUCUCAGUUGAUAAAAUAGCAGCUGUCCUUAGUGAAAAAUCGGAAUUGGCCAAUCAAAAUAGCUUACGCGAAAAGAACGUGAUAGAUUUUGUGGAACGCCAUGCAGUUGAAAAUAAGGACACUACAGCAUUUAUAAAUAAUGAACAUUCUGUCGAUAACAAGAAGAAUAUAGUAAAUCCAGACCUGAACAAGCCAAUAGGUAUGACUAUGAAGGAUAACAUUGACAUGGUUAAUAUGGGCUACAACAUGAAUCCAGAUGAAAAGAAAAAUAUUGUAGAACCUAUUGAAAUCGAUUAUGCCGUGAACAAGGAUGUCUCAAAACCUGCUGUAAAUGUUCAAGCUAAAACCUAUGACGUGGAUAAAAUUGCGAUGAAUCUCGGCUUAAAUCAACAAUUCCAAAAGUCAUUGUCAAAAUCGAAUGCUCCCCCAUUGACCCCAACUAACUUAAUCCCCGCCCACUCCCAUUCUGAAAUUAAUAUCAAUCACAAUAUUGCCCACGCACAUCACAAUCAAUAUGAUGGCAUUUCUGGUAGCCAACCCGUCAGUAACUUUUCACUUAAUGAUAUUGAACUCGCCAACAAAAAACUGUACGCUUGUAAUAACGCCUCGUCCACUACAACGGCUAUCGACUAUGGCAAUUGGAAACUGACGAAUCCAAUACGAAAACAGGACGUUCUGCCCUCAGAUUACUCUACAAAUUACAGUACCAGUAACACGGACAAACUGAAAAAUACUAUAAGCACUACUAGCCCCACUUCAAGUAAUUAUAACAAAAAUGUGCAACACCAGCAAUACCACAAUUACAGCAUGUCUAGAACCGCUCUACAGAGAACCCAGGAGUUGCAUCAAAAUCUUCCGUCUGAACUAAGAAUACCCAAUCCUCGAGGUCUUCUUAAAAAUGAUCACAUGAAUAUUACUUCUACUAUGACUGAAACUGAUAUAAUUGCUAAAAAUGACUCUACCGGGAAAACGCAAAAACUUGAUAAAACCAUGCAGAAUCAACCAAUUGUAAGUUCGAUGGCGUAUAAAACUCCUUAUAACACUCAUUCGUCACUGCCUCUUGAUAGUCUGCGAAAUCUACCUAAUAUCCCUCAAAUGCUUGAGCGUUACACUAACGAUGAACGUUAUCUAUCCAGUUUUGCCGCUACCAACCCGUCACUAUAUCAUGACAAAACAUUUCAAAUGGCGCAAAUGUUUAACAAAAGCAUGCCUUCGGAUUCUCAGCCAGUAAGCACAUCUGUUAGUAUAUACUCUCAACCUUCAAUUACAAUGAGCAAAGAUUCCAGUAUUUAUAAAACACCUACCACUAACCCUUCGGCACAAGCUGAUUCUAAGACUAGGACGAAACGAAAGCGAACUUCUGAAACCAAACCAGGGCAGAUUGCAAGUCAGAGUUACCACACUCCUUGCGCUACUGAUGUUUUGUCUUCUGUUAAAACUAGCAUGGUUCCAGGAAGCGCAUUCAAUUUCGGUACUACGCCAAGCAUGGCCUUGGGUAGCAGUCUUUAUGGAGACGGCACUGGGUUUUCAAUUGAAGAGUUCCGCAACAGUACGAAUCAGUUAAUGGCAGCAAAUUACAUGGCGGCAGUGGCACAUCAACAGCGAAAUAAUGUUGAGGCGAGUGCUGAAAAGCUUGCAAAGCCUGCUCAUCAGAACUCGACUCACAACAGUGGAUCGUUCCCUUUCAUUGGACAUGGGCAAGUACGGAGUGGAUACGGGUUUGUGGGCGCGGAUAGCUCGGCGCCGCUGUACCAGCAGUACUUCCAGCGCCGCCAGGAGGAGCUGCUGCGGCAGUCGGGCGUGUCGCAGAUCAUGGGGCUGUACCCGCCCGGGUACCCCGCCGCGCUCGGCGUGCGCCAGCCCUAUGACGCCAUCAACCGCCCGUCCUGGCUCUAG